GGCAAAGCAGAGCUGGAUGAAGAUCCAGAUCCUUAAUUAACCAGCUGCACAUGCACGCAGUGCAUCACCAGUAUUUGCUUAAUCUUGGCAAGUAGAAGCUAGUGAAGCUGUUCUUUAGAUCAUUAUAAAAAAAUUACAGCAAUAUAUGUUUGUUUUAUAUACACCUUCCUAUCUCUCAUGCAUUCUGUAUCUCUAACCUCCUCUAUGUUUCCUUCUCUAAGUAGUUGACUUGCUCCUUGUAUCAUACUACCGAUCCCCUCUUCAGAUUUGCGAUCCCAUCUCCAUUACUAUUCUUAUCUUCUUCUUGUUCUUAAUUUCUCCUUAAAUUCCCAGCAGUAUGAGCUCCUUGAGAAUGAUGGAGGCAAGACUGCCUCCCGGGUUCCGUUUCCACCCGCAAGACGAUGAGCUAAUCUGCAACUACCUUGCGAAGAAGGUAAGGGGGGAAGCAGUACUGAAUGGUAGCAUCGGUGGUUAUCCGGCGAUCGUCGACGUCGAUCUCAACAAGUGUGAGCCAUGGGACCUUCCUGAAGUGGCAUGUGUUGAGGGCAAGGAAUGGUUCUUCUUCAGCCUUAAAGACCGCAAGUACGCAACCGGGCAGCGAACAAACCAAGCAACCAAGUCGGGCUACUGGAAAGCUACCGGAAAAGACCGACAAGUGAACCGAAUGGAUGUGCUUGUUGGUAUGAGGAAGACAUUGGUGUUCUAUGGAGGCAGAGCUCCAAAUGGUAGCAAGACUGAUUGGGUCAUGCAUGAAUUUCGCUUGGAUGAGUCUUCUAAUCCAUCCAAAUUCUCCUCCAAGGAAGACUGGGUUUUGUGCAGGGUAUCCUUCAAGAGCAGAUCAUCACUAAUACAAAAGAAGACCGAUAUCGAGAAAUGCCAAGAUGAUACAAACUCUUUCACCUACAUAUCCUUCGACCGAGUUCUGUGUGGCUUGGAGGGGUAUGAGCAAGUGCCCUGCUUCUCCAACCUCAUCUCGGAUGGUGCCACAGCUGAUGUGGAUCAUCGCGAUAAGAAGCUCAUCAAGAACUCCCUAAACCAGUUCAGCUCAAUAUUGGAAGGGCAUUCCAAAACUGAGAAGCCUCCAAAUGUGAGUCAUGGGAACUUGGGGAGCUACUUAAGAGACAAUGGUGAUUGCUGUAUGUGGAAUCCCUGGUUAACUUAGAAGAAGAAAAGUUCUUAUGAAUUUUGAUGACUCAAAAACCAAUCUCAGCAUUACAUACACCACAAUUGCACUCUCAGGUUCUUUUA